CUGGCGCAGCCGUUGAACGAAUCAGGGUCGGUCAUGUGACAGUGACGCCAUGAGCGCGCUGGAUACCCCGGAAGUUGCUGCGCACUGUAUGCAGAGGCGGCUGGUAGCAUGGAAGUGUCUAGCGGAGGGGAGAAGCAGCCGUUACUUGGAUUCGGGCAGGCGGUGAUCGGUCCCCCCGGCUCUGGGAAGACUACCUAUGUCCGAGCCAUGCACGCCCUUCUCACCAGCAUGGGCCGCCCGGUCUCUAUUAUUAACCUGGACCCAGCCGGGGAGGACGAGCCCGGGGCGGCGGUGAGCCUGCGGGAACUCCUGGCUCUGAGUGAGGUGAUGAGUGAGCUGCACCUGGGACCUAACGGUGCGCUUCUCUACUGCAUGGAGUACCUGCAGGGGAACCUGGACUGGCUGCGGGACAGGCUGAUCAGUGUGCGGGGCACUUACCUCCUGUUUGACUGCCCGGGACAGGUAGAGCUGUAUACCCACCACCCAGCUCUGCCCAACAUCCUGCGACAACUGGGGGCCUGGGGCCUGCGGUUGUGUGCAGUACAUCUUGUGGAUUCUCAUUACUGUACAGACCCUGCCAAGUUCAUCUCUAUUCUGUGUACGUCUCUGAGCACCAUGCUUCAUAUAGAACUGCCACACAUUAACGUUCUCUCAAAAAUGGAUCUGAUUGAACAGUAUGGUCGGCUGGCAUUUAACAUUGAUUUCUACACUGAGGUUAUGGAUCUUUCUUUUUUGGUGGAACAUUUGACCUCUGACCCUUUUUUCCGUCGACACAAACGGCUUCAUGAGAAACUGGCUGAGGUCAUCGAAGAUUAUGGGCUGGUGUCAUUCAUGCCACUUAGCAUCAAGGAUGAACAAAGCCUAAAGAGAGUCAUGGCAGCUGUGGAUAAAGCUUGUGGUUUCUGCUUUGGAGAAGAAAACGGAUCGAUUGGGUCCCUUAUGUCUGUAGCGGUGGGUGCAGACUUCCAUUUCACAUCAACUUUGGCAUUUCAGGAGAAAUUUGUGCAAAAAGAGACUCGAACUGUGGAAGAUGAGGCAUUAGAGUUGUGAUUCGAUUCUACUAGAGAUUGAUGGUGACACAACCACCAACAGAGUGCCCUGGACCCCCUUAAAAUUGGACAUACCAUCUCCUUUCUUAUUAUUGGAAGUGUUUUCCUUGGAAAUCACUCAUGCAGGGAUCUAGCCAAUUAUGCGUACUCUAGAAAACAUUCAGACAAGAGGUGCAAAGUGUGGCUGCUUAUGUUAUGUAGAAGUAUGUACAUGUGUACGUAAAAAAAAGGCUCUGGGACUGACUGUAUAUAUUGCUUUCAAUAUAACCUGUUGUAAAUUUUUAUAUAAAUAAAUUUUGAAUUGUA